UUCAAAGGGCGGCCGUCAGAGUCGGACGAACUUCACACCAUCGAGGAAGCUGGAGGAGCCACGUCCGAAAACUCAGAGUGAAAGCAUAAAACUCGACUUGUUCACUCGCUUCUUUCGCUCUUCGCACCCAACAUGGCAUCUUCAGGCUCAGCGGGACAGUCCGGCUUCAGACUCGGGCGCGGGAAGAAAAACCCAGGAGUGAUGGAUCAGAUUGGAAAAAUCUUUGGAGGAGAUAAGAAGCGGAAGAGCAAGGGCUCUUUCCGUGGUGCUCUCUCUGUUUCCCCUCAGAGGUCAAGUCACUCGUCUCCUCGCCGCCGCACUGGUGGCGACAAUGCUGUCGUUCACUUCUUCAGAUCUAUCGUGUCUCCUGCUCCUAAAAAAUCUAGGUGGCAUUCUUUCACAGCUAAACUAGGCAUGGGGGAUCAGAAGAGCUCAGUGAAGGCGCAAAAGGGGCGUGCGGGAGAGGGCCAGGGCACGCUGACUCGCCUCUUCAAAAUGGGCGGAACUAGAGCAGCAUCUCCGGCCAAACGCUGAGAUCUGGCUCUGUUAUUAUUCUCCAUUAAACAUGAUGACCCUGAACGGAGAUGAAAGGAAAGAAGAAGGAAGCUUUGUUUUCUCCACUUACGCCGUUUCCUGCCGUCUCCUGCGCUAACCCGAACAAGAUCGUGCUCAUCCUGUCUGUCUGAUCAUAUAUUUAUUUAUGUCAAUUUCUCCGUCCAAUGAGUUCAGCGUGGUCAGAUCCUCCGUUCCCCUCCCCAUCGUGUCUGUCCCUGUCUUUUGAGAACAUGACGCACUGAGAACCUUUUGAGGAAAGCGUUCUGAUUAUGAUUAGAAACUAACAGUUAUCAUGUUAUAUCACUAUAAAACGGUGAUAAAGGAUCAAAUUAUGACUGGUUUAAUAAGUUCAUUAUUGUUAUAUUAGAUUGUGAAGUUACUGGAUAGCUAGGACUUUCUAGUUGUAGAUUUGCUAACUUAGCAUGCAAGCUGAGAUUCAAAAAUCUUGUCACACGAUGACAAAUAAAUUGCCUCAAAAGGUUGUUGUGUAUCAUUUAUAUAACUGAAUAUUAGUAUUGUGGCACUGUCUUUGUCUCAGGAGUCAAUGUGACUAGCAUUUAGCAUUUAACAGUUUAUUUAUUGGUGCACAGGAUAAACUUACACACAUGCUGCUUCUUUAUGGCUUUGUGCAGUCUCGUCUUAAACUCACUGUUCCUCACUGUCUCAGUGGAUCUGACUGCAAACUGUAGAGCUAAAAAAAAAAAAAAAAAGUGGAAAGUAACUGAUAUGUUGUCUCUUGUUGAUUUUCAGUCACAGGGUUUCUUAACUUUUGUUCAUGUUUAGUCACUGCAUCUGGUGUUGACUUUCUUUCUUUCUUUCUCUCUCUCUCUCUCUCUCUCUCUCUCUCUCUCUCUCUCGCGCGCACUUCUUUGGCUUUCGACUACUUUCAACUUUUCAAAUAAAAUCAACCCCCAAUAAGACAUGGACACAGCUAGCAUAAAAAAAAGCCAUAGAUAUUAUGCGUGUGUUUGUCAGUUAGACAGCUAAUGGAGUGAUGGGAACCAUUAAAAAUGCAAAUAAAGGAGACAUCUAU